AUGAGUGCCCUACUUCGAGGGAACAGAGUUGUGAAGCGUUCAGCAACCGACUUGGACGCUUUUACGUCUCCAAAUUACCCACUUCUAGCUGAGAUGAGUAUUGACGUAAACUUCCACCUCGCAAACAUUCUUCAUUACCCUGGUGAGAGCAAAAAUCUCGUCGUCAUCGACUCGCUUUGUCGCAACGUCAUUAUGCUGCGUAUAUUUCCCUCCAUCACUACCGAAACUGUGAAGGCCCUCUUCAAGCCUCCUAUCGAAGGUUUGUUGGUGUCACCGCGCUGGUCGUACCUUAUAUUCUCUCCUAUCAAAUUGAGCUUGCAAACAGGGCGUUACUCUCCAUUCCUGUAG